AUGAAGAAGUCCAUCGCUUGCGGCGCAUGUCGUUCCUCGAAGCGAAAAUGUAUUCACUCGGGCGGGCCCCCCUGCAACCGGUGUCGGGAUCGCGGCGAUGAGUGCAUCUUCCCGCCCAAGGGCACGUCCUUCAUCUUCCGCCGGCCCAGGACAGAGCGAGGCCGCGAUGGCGAUGGAGCUGCGCUCGCCGGAGCAAUGUCCCAGCUUCACGGGCCGCGACCUGAUGAGUGGCUCGAGUCGCGCUCCAAGAUCCUGGCAGGCGUGGAUCCGUUCGAAUAUCUGACGGAUGAGGUCAAGAACAGCUACCUGCGCUGCUCGUACAAGUGGUCGUUCCACCAUAUCCCAAACCUCCUCAUCGGCAUGCGUGAGAAGAACCUGGAUCCUUUGCUCAUCUGGGCAAUGCUAGCAAUCACCGUUCGAUUUUCUCAAGCAGCCCCACCGGGCUACUCCAGCCAAGUCCAGGCGAGCAACACCUUUGCCAACCAUGCGCGGACCUUGGUCCUCACUCUGGUGGAUCAGCCAACUCUCCAAAGAGCGCAGGUUCUGCUCAUGCUCACGGGACAUUCCUGGGGAGCUGGAGAGGGCAAACGAGCAUGGGUGUACCUUGGAAUGGCUGUGAGAAUGGCUCAAGUUUUGGGUCUCUUCGAAGAGCCUCCUCCGCCCAUGUCUCGUACCCAUUUUAUCGAGGCUGAGGAGAAGAGGCGGACAGCUUGGACAUGCUUCCUCAUGGAUAGUCUGCUUAGUGGGGGCAAGGGUCGUGACAGGAUGCUAUCUGCCGAGAAGAUGCGCAUUCAGCUCCCCUGCCACUCUGACAACUUCAAUUUUGGAGAAUGUGUAGUCUGCGAGAGGUUGGACGGUUCGCGGCCUGAGAAUACGGUACUAGCCACUCAUGGAAGCCUCGGAAUCGUCGCACACAGCAUGAGGGUCGCGGACAUCUGGGGAGCCGUCGCCAAAUGGGCUUGCACAUCCCAUGACGCCAACCAACCGCCGUGGCAACCCCAGUCAGAGUUUCAAUAUCUCCUUUCCCGGCUCAACUUGUGGAAGGAAUCAUUACCAAAGAGAUUACAGUAUGACCUCUUCAUACUACGGGCACAUAGCGUGUCGAAUCAGGGCCAGGCAUACUGCUAUAUGCAUUGCAUUUACUUUAUGAGCGUCAUCUUUCUCUACCGCUCGUACUUGCCAGAAGUUGAAAUGCAAAAGGCCAGGGUUGGAGAUCGCGAAUGGGACCAAUGGUCAACAUGGUCAAGUAAGGAGCUGGUGCAGGUUGCUGAACAAGUUUGCGAGAUGCUUCAAGAAAUACGAGCAUUCGGACUCUAUUUCCUGCGUGGCCUCGUUCCUUGGAUCGGGUUUACCAUUUACACGGCUGUUGGGACUUUGCUCUAUUUUUACCACUUUCCCAAUCCUGGAGACAGCCCGAAUCAGAUUGAGAACCGCCGCGAGCGGAUUGUCGAAGGUCUCCUCUUCCUGAAGGACAUGAGACAAGCCUGGCCAAUGGCCGAUACUUGGCGCGAGAAGAUUCAGGCAAUGCAGCUUUUCUACAGUAGCAUCAAGGCUGAGGGCGACCAGGCCGUCACUCCAAGUGAAAGACGAGAGAUGCGCAAUGCCAUUAUUGAUUAUGGCGCUCUCCAGCCCGAUCCUGUCCGCCAACCAGACAUUGAAAGCAAUGACGAUUCUAUGGCCGACGUCGAGAGUGUCUCUCGAUCGGACGAGGUAGAGUUCAACACACAAGGGAUAAACUUUAUUUCCCCUGCAGAUAUUGACCUUUUUGAUACGAAUAUGGAAUUUGGAAGCACGAUGCAUGCCGCAUUUGCUGAUACGACACAGGGGUUUUGGGAGAGCUUUCCCGGAAGCAUGGAUAUUCAAGCUGAUCUAACGGUACCACACGAAUGA